GCAUCGCCGUUUGUGCCAACGCUGAGGAGACCGCGCGGAAAAGAAAGACGCGCAAAGGAGGAGGCCACGGGUUGCCGGUUUGUCCACGAGCCGCCUCCAGAACCGCGAAGAGAAGAAGAAGCUUGCACCACCGUAACCUGUCGCCACCGUUCGUCCUUGCCGCCGCCAGCUGCGCCGUCGGGAAGAGGAGAUGCGCGAAAGAGGGAAGGUCGAUUCUGUCACCACCGCCGCGUCGCGCUCCAUGUUGACGCCGCCACGAGAGAAGGAUGUGCGAGGGAGGAAACAGAACUGCAUGGGAGCUCAGCCAUGGAGAGAAGAGAUGCAUGUCGGAUCUGUCACCGCCGGUCCGCCCAGCCGACCCGUCGCCAAAUCACGUCACCGUCUGUGAAGCUGUCUCCGUCGCCGCUACCGGAGGUCGCCAUCGGAGCCGCUGCUCCACUUCUGUCAUUCUUCAUUUUACAGGUUAAUUUUAUGAGUAUGCAUGUCAAAAAUUAAGGUUGUUGCUGAGCCACUGAAGCUCCUGGCCGCUGUCGGAGCUGCUGCCGGUUAAGUUUAGGGUGGCUGGCGUGUCAUUCCUUUAUUCUAGUAAGUGUUUAUAUCUCGAAAUCCUCGCCUUUGAUUUUCUGUUAUGUGUUUUGAGGUUUCCAUGAUAUUGAUGUUUUAGGAGUUAAUAACCGGGGUUGCAUGUUGUGACUUAAAGAUGUUUAUGCUGUUGCGAAAGGGUGCGGGCUAUGAAUUAAAGCUGUCGUUGGUUUCGAGACGAGAUGAAAGGAAUUCGUUAACGCGUUUGGGUUAUGGGUUCACUUAUCGAGAGAAUACCAACGUGAAGAACGGCUUCCUCACAACCCUCGCCAAAAAAUGCAACACCCUCACCCAACUGAAGCAACUUCACGCCCACAUUCUCCGAUGCCGCGUGAAACACACGCCCUUCGCCAUCGCCCCUCUCCUCUCCGCCGCAGCCUCCUCCAACCACUUCUCCUACGCCUACUCCAUCUUCUCCACGCACCACCUCAUUCACCGCAAUACCUUCAUGUACAACACCAUGAUCAGAGCCUACCUUCAACAAGCCCAUUCACCCCUCUCCGCAAUCUCCUGCUACGUCUCCAUGCUUCGAAACGCCAUUGCCGUUAACAACUACACCUUCCCGCCUCUCAUCAAGGCUUGCAUCGCACGCAAUGAUGCUGUUGUUGGUCGUUUGGUGCAUGGCCAUGUCGUUCACUUCGGGUACUGUGAAGAUCCCUUUGUCUUGAGUGGGCUUAUCGAGUUUUACUCCGCUUUAUGCCACGUGGACACGGCAAGGCUGUUGUUCGAUAGAGCAAUGACGAAAGAUGUGGUGGUUUGGACGGCCAUGAUCGAUGGCUACGGCAAAACUGGAAACUGUGAGCAUGCAAGAAAGCUGUUCGAUGAAAUGCCUGAGAGAAAUGUUAUAUCGUGGAGCGCCAUGAUGGCGACUUAUUCGCGGGUUAGUGACUUCAGGGAAGUGCUGGCUUUGUUUGGAGACAUGCAAAAUGAAGGCAUAAGGCCGAACGAGUCGAUACUCGUUACUGUUCUUACUGCGUGUGCGCAUCUGGGUGCGCUCACGCAGGGAAUUUGGGUGCAUGCCUAUGCCGUGGGAUCCAAGCUUGAGUCGAAUUCAAUUCUGGCUACGGCUUUGGUGGAUAUGUACUCUAAAUGUGGAUGUGUGGAAGCUGCUUUAUCAGUUUUUGAUCGGAUUGCAUCCAAAGAUGCUGGAGCAUGGAAUGCUAUGAUUUCUGGUGUUGCCUUGAAUGGUGAUGCAAGGAAGUCUUUAGAGUUGUUUCGCCAAAUGGUUGCUUGUGGAACUAAGCCAACCGAGACCACAUUCGUGGCUGUCCUUACUGCUUGUACUCAUGCAAAGAUGGUUAAGGAAGGCCUUCAAUUGUUUGAUGAAAUGAGUAGCAUUUAUGGCGUCGUGCCACAGUUGGAGCAUUAUGCAUGCGUGAUUGACCUUUUGUCCAGAGCUGGUAUGGUGGAGGAAGCCGAGAAAUUCGUGGAGGAGAAGAUGGGUGGACUUGCCACUGGUGAUGCCAAUGUCUGGGGUGCACUUCUGAAUGCAUGUAGAAUUCAUAAGAAUCUUGAUGUUGGAAAUCGAGUAUGGAAGAAGCUGCUUGAUAUCGGCGUAGCCGACUGCGGUACUCAUGUUCUUACAUACAAUAUAUACAGAGAAGCUGGGUGUGAUGCAGAGGCAAACAGAGUUAGAAGUAGGAUUUCGGAAGCAGGGAUGCAAAAGAAACCCGGUUGCAGCAUAAUAGAGGUUAAUAACGAAGUCGAAGAGUUUCUUGCAGGAGAUCAUUCUCAUCCGCAAGCACAAGAAAUGUGGAAAUUGCUUGAUUCUAUUUUCAAAAUUUCCAAUCUAGAAACCUUAUGAUGGGUGUAAGUUAUUGUUCACACCCGAAUUGUUUGCUUGACUGGAAGAGAGUGAAGUCGUUCUCACUUUGCCUCAUUUGUACAUUUUUUUUGCUAUAGAUCCCAAAUCUAAUACACCAACAUUCCUUCAAAAUCUUUUUCCCGAUCCAAGUAAAGGAACAAACGGAAGGGCGAGAAAAGGAUUUACAUUUACUACACAUCAUGCCUUGUCUUGGCUAAAAAGAAUUAAACAUUGUAAAAUGUCGAUUAAUCCGAUUCCGAUCUAAAUAACGUUUAAAG